AUGUCAUUGUCGUCAGAAGACAACAAAACUAGCGCUAUUCGCUUUGGCGAACAUGUAUAUGGAUCUGUGCCCUCAGACAAGCGAGACAUGAUGCGUAUGGGCAAGGAGCAGGAACUUCGUAGAGUGUUCCGACAAGUCUCGCUGUUGUCAUUUACUGCCAUCCUAAUGGCAACAUGGGAAUUCGUUCUCUUGGCUUGUACGCAAGGUCUCGUUGAUGGCGGUCGCGGCGGUCUGUUCUGGAGUUACAUCUGGGUUAUGGUUGGAUACGGAUUUAUCGUCGCCAGUCUGGCAGAAAUGAGCUCCAUGGCGCCGACUUGUGGUGGACAGUACCACUGGGUUUCUGAAUUCGCUCCACCGAGCUGCCAAAAGUUCCUGUCUUACAUCACAGGUUGGGUUUCUACUCUGAGUUGGCAAGCCGGAAACGCUUCUGGAGGCUUCCUCUGCGGAACUUUGAUCCAGUCGUUGAUCAUUAUUAAGAACCCCGAUUACGCUGCUCCUGGAUGGCAAGGCACAUUGCUCGUCUUCCCCGUCAUGCUGGUGUGUGUCUGCUUCAACGUCUGGUUCAAUCACUGGCUGCCGAGUAUGCAGAACGCAGUCAUGGUUUUGCACGUUGCUGGCUUCCUGGCAAUCAUGAUCGUAUUCUGGGUGCUCAGUCCUCAUGUUCCUGCAGGAGAGGUUUUCUUGGAUUUCGAGAAUGGUGGUGGCUGGCAAACGAUGGGACUCGCACUGAUGAUUGGUCAAGUCUCUGCAGUCGGAUUCUUGGGAGCCUCUGACGCAGCAGCUCACAUGUCUGAAGAAGUCAAGGAUGCCGGUCUUUCUGUACCGAGAGCUAUGUGGUGGACUUACAUUGUGAACGGUCUCCUUGGUCUGAUAAUGCUUGUGUCGUUCCUCUUCGCUAUGCCAUCGGUUGACGACGCCAUAAACGAUGUAACUGGAUACCCAAUGAUGUACGCCUUCCAGCAAGCGAUGCCCAUGACCGGCACCAUUGUUCUGGCCGUACUGAUGAUGGUCUUAUUGAUGGCUGGUAACAUCUCCUACCAAGCCUCGACUGCAAGACAAACAUAUGCCUUUGCUCGCGACCGUGGCUUCCCUGGCUCUCGCUGGUUGGGAUACGUCAAUCCCAAGUUGAUGAUUCCAGUCAAUGCUGUCAUAUUCUCAGCAGUUUUCACCAUCAUCUUGUCAUUGAUCAACAUUGGCUCGUCGGCUGCGUUCAAUGCGAUCAUCUCGCUCGGUGCCGUAGCACAGAUGGGAACAUACGCCAUCUCAAUCACUUGCGUGCUGUACAGACGCCUGACAGCCCCACAUCUUCUUCCCAAGGCAAGAUGGAGUCUUGGCCGAUGGGGCGUGGUUAUCAAUGUUGUCGGCCUGCUUUUCGCUUGGGAGGUUUUCUUCUGGUGCUUCUGGCCCAAUGCUCAGCCGGUUACCGUCGACAACUUCAACUGGGCGCCAGUCAUGUUCAUCGCAGUUGUUGUGAUGGCCUUGAUCACCUACUUUGUUCAGGGCCGCAAGGUCUACUCUGGCCCUGUAGUCAUCGUAGAGGGGCGUCGCGAGGAGGCGCUGUCAACCUGA